AUGGACCUUGAUACACUAAAGGUUGAGGGUGUACAGAAUGCAGACGGUCAAAGUACGACAAAGAUUUGGAGAGUUGCUAUUGAAGAUGACCACACGUAUCUAUGUAUCAACGGAAACACGGUGGAUGCAUUGCAGGAUGGGUACGACCCACGGGAUUAUGUCGAAAAGAAGAACCUUGUCUUCAUUGACUGGUUGAAUGACAGGGAUGGAAAGCAAAAUGAUCGUCCACACCCUGGUGGUUGUUAUUAA